AUGCAUAAACAAGUAUACCCGCACUUGCGCUGGUGUAAACGAAGUAUUACUUCGCUCGUGUAUGUACUUGCGUGUCAGUAUCUAUACAUCACGUUUGUAAAUGGUAACGAAUCAGGCAGCGGAUAUGGCCCAAGCAAUGCCUAUGAAGACGGUGAUCUUAUUAUUGGUGGAUUAUUUCCUGUUCACGAAAAAGGCGAAAAUGAUAUACCAUGUGGACCGAUAAACGCCAAUAGAGGCAUACAGCGUCUGGAGGCUAUGCUGUUUGCGAUCGACAGAAUAAAUGACGACCCCACGCUACUGCCUGGAAUUAAAAUAGGCGCAAAUAUCUUAGACACGUGUUCUAGAGACACAUAUGCUUUGGAACAAUCACUCGAAUUUAUACGAUCUUCACUGACAAACAUUGAGUUGCAGACGCAGUUAACUUGCAUUAAUGGAACAGAAAGUUUUACAGACCUUCCAAAACCUGUGGCCGGAGUGAUCGGGGGAGCAUAUAGCAGUGUUUCAAUACAAGUUGCCAAUUUAUUGAGACUAUUUCAUAUACCACAAGUAAGCUACGCGUCUACUAGCGCAAAACUAACUGAUAAAACUCGAUAUGAAUUCUUUGCCAGAACAGUUCCACCAGAUAAUUUUCAAGCAAAGGCUAUAGCUGAGGUUGUUUUACGGUUCAACUGGACCUACGUGUCCACUGUUGCUUCAGAGGGUCAGUAUGGCGAGAUGGGCAUCAGCCAAUUUCUUCGCGAAGCCAGGAAUAGAGAUAUUUGUAUAGCAACAUCAAAUGUCAUUCCAACAUCGUCAGAUAGCUCUACAUACGAUGAUGUUAUACAUGCUAUUAAACGGAUUCCAAACGCACGUGCUGUAAUUCUGUUCACCAGGAGCGACGACACCACAGGUGUGCUCACAGCUGCUAAAAGGGCAAAUUUAUCUGAAAAUUUCAUAUGGAUUGCAAGUGACGGUUGGGGCAAGCAAGAGCUGCCUGUGAUAAACAAUGAAGAAGUUGCCGAAGGUGCUAUAACUCUUGAACUUCAGGCACUGAGGGUCGAUUCGUUCGAUGAGUACUUUCUGAAACUCAAUCCGUGGGGUAAUUCCAGGAAUCCAUGGUUUGUGGAGUAUUGGGAGCAAAUUUUCAAAUGUAGCAUUGGUAUUGACUCUGGAUUUAGCAAUAAUACUAACCCACCUUGCCCAGACGACAAAGACUUAACUUCCACAGAUUAUUACCAGGACUCUAAAGUUCAGUUUGUCAUCGAUGCCGUCUAUGCUGUGGCACAUGCACUGCAUAAUAUGCAUGAACGCUUGUGUCCACACACAAAUAAAAUAUGUGCUGCAAUGGAUCCAAUUAAAGGAGAGGAGCUGUACAGAGAAAUCCUUAACGUCAGUUUUAAAGAUAUGGUAAAAUCACAGGUGAGCUUCGAUGAACAAGGUGAUGGACUUGGACGCUAUGAUAUAAUGAACUUUCAGAAGGACCAACACACUGGAUUAUAUGCUUACAAAAAGGUGGGUCACUGGGCCAACGUCCUCUACUUGGACCCAUCUCUCGUUAGAUUCAAUCCGCGACUACCAAAGCAUGGAGAAGGAAUAUUCCCAUAUUCUCAGUGUAGCCUACCGUGUAUGCGAGGAGAAGUGAAACACGUACGCGAAGGUGAGAGUUGUUGCUGGAUCUGCACUAAGUGCCAACCCUGGGAGUACCUGAAAGAUGAAUUCACUUGUGUGGACUGUGGAAAUGGAAGCUUCCCCACUAAUGACCUAAAGGGCUGUUAUAAACUGCCAAAACAGCACAUGGAGUGGCACGAGGUCUGGUCUAUAAUUCCAACCGCCAUUGCUAUUUUUGGAUUCAUUUGGACUUGGAUUGUGAUAGGUAUAUUUCUGGUGCACAAUGACACUCCUGUUGUGAAAGCAUCUGGUCGAGAACUCAGCUACCUUCUAUUGACUGGAAUACUUAUGUGCUAUCUGUUAACAUUUCCGUUACUCUGUAAACCCUCUGCCAUUGUGUGCGGGGUUCAGAGGUUUGGACUCGGUCUCUCGUUCUGUAUCUGUUAUGCAGCUUUACUCACCAAAACUAAUCGUAUUUCUCGGAUUUUCAACAGCGCUCAACGUUCAGCACAGAGGCCAAAGUAUAUCAGUCCACAAUCUCAGUUAGUGAUUUGUUUCUGUAUUAUUGCGGUGCAGCUUAUCGGCGAGGUCAUCUGGUUUGUACUCGAUCCGCCCGGUAUACGGCUUUUUUCCCCAGACGGUAGAAGAGAUAUUGUUAUUUUAAAGUGUAAUAUUAUGGAGACGGCUCUGAUCAUUUCGCUGGUGUAUGACAUGUUCCUUAUAAUGUUGUGUACUGUGUACGCGUUCAAAACUCGUAAGAUUCCAGAAAAUUUCAACGAAGCCAAGUUUAUUGGCUUCACCAUGUAUACAACCUGUAUUGUCUGGUUAUCGUUCGUUCCAAUAUACUUUGGCACUGGAAGUGAUUUCAGGAUCCAAACGACAACAUUAAGUAUUGCUGUUAGUCUGAGUGCGUCAGUUGCUCUUGGAUGUCUCUUUGUACCCAAAGUCUACAUCAUAAUCUUCCAGCCAGAGAAGAACGUUAGGAAAUUAAGCUGCACAUCAGCAACAUUCCGCAAACCUGGAUCGACAUAUUCACAGAAUCAUGGUCACGUGUUUCUUCAUCUUCACAGCUCGUUAGCGCAAUGUGAUAGUCAAAACACAGACAGUCAAACCUCGCUUACGUAA